CAUUAACACAACCAUAAAAAAAAAAAAAAAACACAGUCCAAUAAUGAUGUUUCAUUCCAAACCCAGAAACCUCAUUUCACUAAAAAAAACCUCAUUUUUCAUUUUCUUAUUCAUUUCAAUUUCAAUUUCAUUUGCAUUUAGGAUCACUACUCCAAAUCCCAAAGAAGAAUCCCUCACAUACCUAUGGCCACUCCCUUCACAAUUCACUUCAGGAAAUCAAUCUCUCUCCGUUGACCCUUCACUCACUCUUUCAGUCAAAGGACAUGUUGGUCGUGGUGUUUCUCACAUUCUUAAUGCUGCUUUUUAUAGAUACAGAGGGAUUGUGUUCAAGCACACUGGUGUUGGAUUUGGUUUUGGGUUUGUUAGAAAGUUGAAGGAAAGGAUGAGUGUGGUUCCUUAUGAUAUUGCUAGCUUGAAGAUUAUCCUACAUUCAGAUAAGGAAGAGCUACAACUUGGAGUAGAUGAAAGUUAUACCUUGCAAGUUUCUAAAGCAGAUGACUCUUCUAUUGCUGGGGAAGUUACCAUUGAGGCAAAUACUGUUUACGGUGCAUUGCGUGGAUUAGAGACACUCAGCCAGCUAUGCUCUUUUGAUUAUACAACUAAAACAGUACAAAUAAACAAGGCACCUUGGUCCAUCAAAGAUAAACCUAGAUUUGCAUACCGUGGUCUUAUGUUGGAUACGUCAAGGCACUAUUUACCAAUUACUGUAAUUAAGCAGAUUAUUGAAUCUAUGUCCUAUGCCAAACUUAAUGUUCUUCAUUGGCACAUCAUAGACGAAGAGUCAUUUCCUCUCGAGAUACCUACAUAUCCAAAUUUAUGGAAUGGUUCAUAUUCAAAAUGGGAACGUUACACAGUAGAGGAUGCAUAUGAAAUUGUCAACUUUGCCAAAAUGAGAGGCAUAAAUGUGAUGGCAGAAGUCGACGUCCCUGGACAUGCAGAAUCAUGGGGUGCUGGGUAUCCUGAUCUUUGGCCAUCACCUACCUGCAAGGAGCCACUAGAUGUUUCAAAGACAUUUACUUUUGACGUCGUUUCCGGUAUUCUCUCAGAUAUGAGAAAGAUUUUCCCAUUUGAGCUAUUUCACUUGGGUGGUGAUGAAGUUAAUACAGAUUGCUGGAGCAAUACUUCUCAUGUACAUGAAUGGCUUCAGAAACACAAUAUGACUACUAAAGGUGCUUAUGAAUACUUUGUACUGAAGGCCCAAGAAAUAGCCCUUUCAAAAAAUUGGACUCCAGUGAACUGGGAAGAAACCUUCAAUACAUUUCCAACAAAGCUUCAUCCUGAAACAGUAGUACAUAACUGGUUGGGCCCCGGGGUUUGUCCGAAGGCUGUUGCGAAAGGUUUCCGGUGCAUUUUCAGUAACCAAGGUGUCUGGUAUCUUGACCAUCUAGAUGUACCUUGGGAUAAGGUCUAUACUGCUGAGCCACUAGAAGGUAUACAUAAAGAUUCAGAACAAAAGCUUGUAAUUGGCGGAGAAGUUUGUAUGUGGGGUGAGACAGCUGAUACAUCUGAUGUUCAGCAAACAAUUUGGCCUCGAGCUGCUGCAGCUGCAGAACGACUAUGGAGUCCGAGAGAUUCAACUUCUGCAAAAGAUAUAACCUUAACGGCAUUACCGCGGUUGCAGCACUUCAGAUGUCUGUUAAAUAGACGAGGGGUUGCGGCUGCUCCUGUCACAAACUUUUAUGCUAGAACAGCACCUGUUGGUACAGGCUCAUGCUAUGACCAAUAACAUGUAUCAUGAUAUAUCUAUCUUUGUGUAGCUUGUUGUGUAAGUAACCGGUAUUUGUAUACUAUGCUAUGCUGAUUGUAUAUCAGAGCUCUCUGGUGAUGGCAACAGUUAUAUUGUAAUGUUAUGAUAAUAUUAAGUUUGCUUGUUUUCUGUUGUGUUAUUAAAAGCAAAUCAUAUGGACCUGUGAUAAUGCGUGAGCUUGUUUAAUGCAGAAAGCUAUGAAGUCUUAGUGAAAUAAUAAAGUUGGAAGAAUCUUGAUA